GUGCAACAACGCCGGCUGAUGGCUAAGGUACGGUCAGCUAAGCUAGCACAGAGAGAGAGAGAGAGAGAGAGUUAUCUUCUUUGUUGAUGCAAGAUUUAAUUUCCUCCUGAAUUCAUUCGUAACAUGCAUUUCCACUGGUUUGAUUUCUCGUGUCGCCGGCGACCGGCCGCCGCGACGGAACGUAUGCGCAGGGGACGAAGCCGGAGGGCGGUGACGGCGGCGCUCCCAAGGCGCCCGGGAAGGCCGGCGGCGACGUGCCGCCGGCGGCGGCGGCCGGGGAGGAGGUGGUGAUCAGCGCGCCGGUGCACUGCGUCGGCUGCGCCCGGAAGCUGCGCCGCUCCCUGCAGCGCCUCGACGGGGUUGGAGAGGUGAUCGUGGAUAGCACGACCGACAGGGUGGUGGUGCGAGGGCCCAAGGCGGCGGAGAACGCGGCGGGGGCUGUGAGGGUCGUGGAGCGGAGGACCGGGAGGAAGGCCGUGCUGCUGAGCCCGGCGCCGGACAAGCUGCCGCCGCCGGCGCCGGUGCCGGCGAAGGGUGAAAAGACCAAGAAGAAAGACGGUGGUGGGAACAAUAAGGACGCGACCAACGAUCUGCCGGAAAUUGACACGAAAAUGGUGGUGGUGCUGAGGAUCAACCUGCACUGCGACGCCUGCUGCGAGGAGAUCAAGCGGAGGGUACUUGGAAUCAAAGGCGUUGAGGACGCGGUACCGCACCUGAAGUCCUCGCAGAUGAUGGUGAAGGGGGCGGUGGAGCCGGCGGCGCUGGUCGGCCUCAUCCACAGCCGCACGGGGAGGAAAGCCGCCAUCUUCAGGGCGGAGCCGCUGGAGCCGCCGCCGGUGGCAGGUGAGGAGAGCAAGAAACACGAACCCGCCGCUAAGAACACGGGAGAGAAGAAGGAUGGGGAAGAGAAGGGGAACAAGGAGGAGGAGAAGAGAGGAGGAGGAGCAGAGGAGGAGGACAAGAACCCCAGAGCAGAGAAACCAAGCGGGGGUGGCGGCGGCGCCGAGGAGCAGGAAGGAAGCCACGGCAGAGCAGCGGAGGAGGACGCCGGCGGCGGCGACGGGGUCGUGCUGGAGAGCCGCAAGAAGGACGACCGCCUGUUCACCGUCCCGCUCCCGGCCGGCGUCGUCACGGUGGCGCCGGAGGUGGCGCUCGACAACGCCGCCCCGUACUGCUACUCCUACUCCUACUCCUACCCGCCCUGCUAUCCUUACGCGCACCCGUGCUACUCCUACCAGUACCAGUAUCAUCCGCGGCCGUACUACCCGCCGCCGCCGCCGUACGCGUACGCCGGCGGGCGUGACGUGUACGGGUGCCCACGCUAUCCGGCGGAGGCGUUCACCGAGGAGAACCCAAACACAUGCGCCAUCGUGUGAUGAUGGGGUAAAUAAACGGGGAAAGAAUUAAAGAAGCUCGUGCUUGUGUGUAUUGGAUCAGAUAAUUGAUCAAUAUAUAGAAACUGUAUAAUAAAUUACCUGUCUCCUAACUCA